UUUGUCCUUAAUUAUUCCAUUAUUCACAGUUUGUCUAUCCACUGAAGCAGCCAACCUGAUCUAACACAAUUUUCUAAUAUAAUAAGUGAGUGAAUGUGUGUUAUAUUUAAUAUGAACCUGCUCCCUAACUCUAACCCUCUAUGUUUGGAACAUUUCAUACAAGUUGACUUCUUAAUUAUUAAAUAUUGCAUUGCUGUGAUCAUUUUGACACCUCAGAGUCUCACACAAAGAAUAAACUGCAGUUAAAGAAUAACCAGAUCUAACAACUGCUGAGUGUUAAUAGGAAGUUGUGGUAUGUGUCAGUAUACAGUAUGUGACUCUCUCUGCUCUUCUUUCGCUUUCAGUUUGUGCCUCUCUCUGCUCUUUUGCUUCUCUGCUUUGCUUUUUUAUUCUUGCUUUAGAUUUGAUAAUCAUUAGUGUGCUUUGUUUCUUGGCAAAUCAACAGCAACAUGGCUACCAAAAGGAGAUGAACGGAGUGACAACAAGUCACAGGUGGAACUACCAGAUGCCAAAACAAAAGAUAAAAAAUAAAAAUGUUAAACCCAACAGGAGUUGUGUGAAUGACAGACCCAGGAAGAAUGCUUGCUUUAAUAAAUGAGACAUCACUAUACACAAAUGCAUGAUUAUUGUUUGAAAAAUGUUUUUAUUUAUUUAUUUAUUUAUUUAUUUACCUGACUAAUACCACACAUGUUUUCAGUUAAGGUUUGCAUUAUUGAAACUGGGAAAACACUGAAUUCUCAUGUGGACUUUAUAGGUUGUCUUAAAAAACACGUACCACAUCUGAAAGAGGUGUGUGCAGUGGGCAAGUGUGAUUUAAUUCUGGUUUUCUGCCCUGUUGUUUCAUGAGCUGGAACUGACAUUGAAGUAGCAGUGAAAAAACUUCAUAAUAUCACCGACACCAUGGUGGUGCUGGAUUACCGGAAUGUGAUUCACUGUGAAGGAAGAAAGAAGUUGCCACAUUCAGGGAACAAGUGUUUUAUUCUUGUAACUGGAAAUACACUGAAUUCUCAUGAAGAGGUCAUGGGUCAUCUUAGAAAACAAAUAUCAGGUCUGAAGGAGGUGUUUUCAGUGGACGAGUGUGAUUUCAUUCUGGUUUUCUGCCCUGUUGUUUCAAAAAGUCAAGUUAACAUUAGAGCAGCACUGCAACGGCUUGAUCAUAUUUCAGACACCAAACCUGCAGUUCUGGUGGUUCUCCAUCACACAUUUGAUCCAGAGCGUGUUGUACCAGACAGCAGCAGAGCUGUAAACAGAAAGAAUAUGAUCACAGUCGACUGUCUGUUCCAUGAAGAUCAGGGAUUACUGCAAUGUCAUAAAAAUUAUAAAGCGCUUGACCAUAUCAAGAAGUGGAGGAAACCUGAGUCAAGAGCCAUAUAUGGAGGUCACAUGGACCAGAAGACACCUAAACAGAUGACUGCGCAAGACCAAGAAAAUCCCAAAGCUCUAAUCACCCAAAGGACACAGAGCAUGGAAGGAAUUCCUCCAAAAAUGAAUAAAGACCUGUCUACACAAUAGUUCUUCAGUUUCUGUACCAGAACUGAGGCUGGUGCUGCUGGGACAGACGGGGUCUGGGAGGAGUGCAGCAGGAAACACCAGGUCUGAUGCAGUACAACCUGCAUAUAACUAAACUCUACAGAUUAAGCAGUGUAUAUAAGCUCCUACUAUUUCAUGCUUAAGGUGUAAAUCAGGUAUAUUUCAGCCAUUGAGGACUAUACCAUCUGUAUGUAGUUUUCACUGUUCAUUCUGCUAAAAUAACUGCUUUAUCUGAGAGCUGGUCUGGAUAUCAAGUGUUCCAUAUAUCCUCUAAACCAACACACUCCGUAAUGGUGUUAAAUUUACUGGAGGUUUUUGAUAAUGAAAGUUCAGACAUAAAUAGCAAAAUAAGUUGAAGUCUCAUGGUAUGUAUUACAAAAACAAGUUUGCUGAGAUCAGGGUGUAUGAGCAUUAAAAAUGAGAUUCAAAAGGAAAGUGAAAAUGUCUUCGCUCUAGUGCAACACUGUGUUUAGCACAUGCUUUUUUCAGAGGUUUAAAAGGUGUAUGUGCAGUAUGUGGGCAUAUGUGUGUAUGUGUGUUGUGUGUAUGUGGUUUUGUUUUUUCCUCUGCGUUUCUGCUCUACAUCUUGUUUUUUGUAGUAACUGUAGCAGAGGUUAGUAACGUGUACAGCACACCAUCUCUUUUCCUCAUUUAGACAGUGCUUCAGAAAAAGAUGUCAUUGUUAUAAAGGCAAAUGCUUGUACAUUAAUAAUAAUAACAAAAAUAUAUAUAGUUUAACCAGAUGUCACUUUCUUGUUAUAGCAGUAAUACUAAAUAUAUUGAAUGAUUAAUCUUUUCAGAUUUGGUCUAAUUUUAAAUAUCCAGUAUAAUGAUACAAACUUGAUUGGUUAAAUGUAGAAUAAAAAUAUUAUAUUUAAUACGCAGAAAUGAUAAUGUUUUAUAACAAAACACUGUAAUGUUUACAGGCUUUACAGAAAUGGUCUUCAAUGUAUAUGAAAUGUAAAAUAAUUUUUUUUUUUCAAUUUGUGCAUGAUUUUGAUGAAGUUAACAAAAGUUAUUGCAGAGAUCAGGGUGUGAGAGCAUUAAAAAUGAGAUUCAAAAGGAAACUGAAAAUGUCUUUGCUCUCGUGCAGCACUUUGUGUUCAGUGCAUGCUUUUUUCAGAGGUUUAAAAGGUGUAUGUGCAGUAUGUGGGCAUAAGUGUGUAUGUGUGUUCUACUUUCCUAUCUGAGUAAGGGUU